AUGAAGAACAAGAAAAAAAGUAAGGUUAAACAGCGGCUGCACCUCCUCUCUCUCAAAGUGCACCUCACCAACAUACGAGGAUUGCACUCAAAUCUCGUUGCAGUCCACCACCACCUGGAGACUGAGAGGCCGCAUUUACUUUUUCUUACGGAGACGCAAAUUGGUAGCCCAGCAGAUGUAACGUACCUGCAGUACCCUGGGUAUUCGCUCGAACAUAAUUUUAAAUCUCACGCUGGAGUCUGUAUGUUUGCUCGUGAUGAUGUUUGCUGCCGGCGUCUUCGUAACUUAGAGAUACCUAACCUUUCCAUCAUGUGGUGUUUAUUGGAUACGGGCAUGGAGCAGAUUGUGUAUGCCUGUACCUAUCGGUCGCACAGUGGUGAUCGGGAGACUACUCGGAUGUUCGACUAUCUCAGUGAGACGGCUGACAUGGUCCAACGUCGGUAUCCAGCUGCCCAAAUGGUAUUUCUGGGGGAUUUUAACGCUCACCACCAGGACUGGCUGUUCCCAUACCAGAAUACCGACCACGCCGGGAGAGAGGCGCUCAAAUUUGCUCUGUCGCUAGAUCUUACCCAGCUAGUCCAAGAAGCAACACGAGUACCCGACGUUGACGACCAUACACCUAAUUGUUUGGACCUUCUGUUGACAACUGACCCAGACCGGUCCUCGGUAUCAGUUGCAGCUCCCCUGGGCACAUCUGAUCACUGUGUGGUAAAGUCAGUAUCUAACUUUCACCCUCUACAUACAGGUCCUACCGGAACCAGACGUGUGUGGCGAUAUAAGUCGGCAGAUUGGGAUGAGAUGCGACACUUUUUUGCAUCCUACCCUUGGCGGCGGACUUGCUUCUCUUCCAGUGAUCCGUCGAGUUGCGAACAAGAAAUAUCGGAAGUGAUACGUCAGGGGAUGGAGUACUUCAUUCCAUUUGCUGAUGUAUCACUAGAUGGCAAGAUCCAUAGGUGGUAUAAUGCAGAAUGUGCCGAAGCUGCAGCCCGUAAGGACUCAGCGUUUGCAGCGUGGGCUGAAGCCCGUACCCUUAAAUCUCCGGACAUAACUACGAGGAAGAGAGCGUUCAACUCGGCUGCCAAGUCCUACAAAAGGGUUCUUAAAAAAGCUCAUUUCAACCGUAUUAAACGCAUCGGAGCCCAACUAGCUUCCCAUCCGCGCGGUAGUAGAGCAUUUUGGUCACUCUCUAAGUCGGUUGAAAUGAGCUUCUGCCGUCCCUCGCUGCCUCCUCUGCUUAAACCAGAUGGAUCGCUGGCCUUUACUGCGACAGACAAGGCUAACCUUUUAGCGAAUCUGUUUGCAGAAAAUUCGCUCCUUGAUGCAGGUAGUGCCUCACCGCCCAGACAUCCACCUUGCGACUCUGUUAUGUCAGAACUACGCAUUCGCCAAACUGAGGUUUUGAGAGUACUCCGUAACUUGGACGUGAAUAAGAGACGUGACAUUCCCUCGGUCAGUGUUAUCGCUCGUCAUUGGAUGGUUGUGGCGAGGAUGUACGAUGUCUGUGAUUGCGGUUCACCGUCUGAGUGCGUGGAGGGUAACGAUCGAAUAGGUACGGUCCUUUGUCCCGACCUGACGUGGACUUAA